GCCGUUUUCAGUGAUUGGCAAUUUGGCUGAAAUUCAUCCAGAAACUACUUAAUUAUCAGAUCUAUGAUUAACAUUCCAUAAGAGGCUAAUCAUGUCGCAGGCACUCAAAAGAGUUUUCGUCUAUGGCACCUUGAAAAAAGGCGAGCCGAAUCACCAUUGGUUAACCAGCGAAAAAAAUGGCUUCUCGCGGUUGCUAGCCAAGGGCAAAACAGAGAUUAAAUUUCCCCUGGUUAUUGGCACACGUUACAAUAUUCCAUUUCUGCUAAAUAAGCCAGGUGUGGGCCACAAUAUUGAAGGUGAGAUUUACGAGGUGGAUGAUACAAUGUUCUCAAAUUUGGACGUGCUAGAGGAUUAUCCCAGAUACUACGAUCGUGAGCUGCAAUCGAUAUUGACAAAUGAAAAUGAAAAAUUGGAAUGCUGGCUUUAUCUGAUACGUAACUAUCCGGAGAGUAUGUUGGCCAAACCUCAGCUCAGCUCAUAUAGUAAUCGGCCCGAGCAGCCAUAUAGUGAGAAUUAUGUCCAGAGCAAACCAGAUGAUCUCUUCACGGACGGUUAGAGAGCAAAUUUCCAACUUGGAACAGAAAAGUCGAGAAUAGAGAGCGAUAGUGCUAAAGAAAUAAAUUUAUAAACGAAUAUAAAACGAAUCUCAACGCAUGGCUAUUAUUCGUACUCUCUUCUAUUACAUUGAUUCCAUAAUUCAAAAAAAUGCAAACGAAAUGAACAAUAUUUCUCUUAUUUUUCGGUUAAAUGGUAAAGGGUUAAUCGAAGCCUAAAAAAAAGUGUUUACAAUUAUGCAUGCAGAACUCGUAAUAAAUUGUUUUUUUUUUUUUUUUUUUUUCUGUUUUGCUAUAGCUCCGAAUCAGAUUAGAUCAAACUUCUAGCUUGAGUGUAGCACAUAAGAUGAAAACGGUAGAUUUUUGCUGUUUGUUUGUUGCUUGUGGUGUGU